UGAAAUGCCGAUGGUUAUGAGCAUUCGUGAUCAUGCAUUAAAAGGCAGGACACGGCAGACGUGCACGGAAGGCGGCGACUUCGCCAUCCUGGCCGCAAACUUUGUUCAUACGCAUUGAGAUCAUGCAUUGAGAUCAUCGGCGGACUGGGGCGCUCCGCGGCUGCGGAUCCCGGCCAGGACAUCGCGUCGCUGGGCGUCAGCGUCGCUCCAGAGCUCCAACAUCUCCGCCCAGAUCUGCGGGGCUGCGGCAGGCUACUUCCCCGGGGAAGAUGUAAAAGAAAGAAUUGCUGUCCUCCAUGCCUUUGGGUGGGAGAGAGGUCUCCUCCGGCCGAUCGUGACUGCAGAUGGAGACUGAAGGUCCAGGGAUCCUGCGCUUAGGAAGCGUGGUGGCUUCCCAUUAACAGCAGAUUCUUACUUUGAAGGGAGGAAGGCAAGGAUGUAGGAGGCUACCAGAGACCACGUUCACUGUUACACAUGUAGGUCUCCAGAUAUGGAAGAGGAAGGAAUGCAGCCUCCGUGGAUAGACCCCGACAAAGAACACGACAUUUAACAUUACAUGGAGUGCUAUCUAAGUUGUAGCAUAACACUUGUGUCAAGCUCCUCCCCUCCAUCAUCAUUGAGAUAAUGCUAAGUGUCAUUUAGCUUCUUGUUUUUUUUUGUUUGUGUGACACUGAAAAUCUUUGAGUCACUAUGGCGGCCACAUACCGGCUCGUGGUCAGCAGUGUUAGCUACUACCAUAGCGUGUUGGUGGACCAGCGCCACCCACAGGUUGUGCACUACUGCGAAGGACCCUGCAGUCUCCUGAUGCAUGGCUUGGAGUGUGCGGCUGCCCACCGGGGCCUCUGUUUUGAGCCAGUGGAUCCUGUACUCACUGGCUCUAAAGAAUUUGUGUCAGAAGCCACCACACUGAAAGCAGCUGGAAGCAACUUACGCCACCAAAGGCCUGUGAAUGGAGAAAAGAAUCGCAGAAACUUGCCACGUACUGUUCCUGGAUUGAAGAGGGGGUCAUCUGUUCACACUCCCUUCAGCCUCAAGGAUAUUACAAGGGAUGCCAUAAAUCUGGCUAGCGGGAAGGUCAAGGAGUUCUCCUUCAAUCAAAUGCCCUUGCAGACAGGUAGGAAGCUCCGACUGGACCCUCUUGGUCAGAGGUACAAUGAUGUGGACUUUACAGGAGGGCGUUUCUGUGAAAAUGAUGAGAACCUCCCACCAUUCACCCAUCUUCCCAUGACGCUCCCAGGGGACCUGCAAAAAGAGAUCCCUCAGGACACCUCCCCGGAGCAGCACAGCAGCAUCACUAUUACCUCAUUGCCAGACACAUCAGUCGAGGAGAACCUCAUGGCCCAGAUUCUGCAGUUAACUAAGGUGGAUGCUGGAACCUCUGGGGAAGACAUCAGGUCCUGCCUUAACAUCUUACUCAAGUGCUCCAAUGACCUCAAGAAGUGUACUGACAUCAUCAGGCAGUGCAUCAAGAGGAAGGCUCUUGUUGAGGGCAGAGGGAACCAUGAGAAUGAGGUUAUUUACCGGACAGUGGUGGACCAGCUCUCUAGACAUCUGAAGAAGUGGCCAUUUGGGUUUGAGCAUGAGCUCCCAGGAGCUCAGGAGCACAGUGACUGGUCCAGACUGGUCAGUACCCUCCAUGGGUUUCAGCAGAGCCUCCUCUGCCCCAUCAUAGACCAUGAACAGCCCCCCAGGUAUGAGGAUGUUGUCUGCUCCCAAUCCUCAAUUCAAACAGUUUACCCAAAACUUUCCCUUCAUGAGGCCCAAGACGCUACCGGAGUCCCAUGCAGUAAUGAGAACUCGGUCCAGGGGCUACACUGCCUGCCAUUCCAGGUUUCUCCAUCAGGAAAUAGUGCACAACAUCAUGGGAAUAUUGGGGUGCCUUCCCUGGCAGCCACCCUUGAUUGCAAUGUAACCAGCAUCACCGUUGAGAACCAUGAGAAACCUGGGGAGCUUCUGUACUUUGACAAGGAGCCCCAUAAUCUUCAGGUGAUGGACAACAAAAUCCAAGGGGCAGGGAAUUCGCUUCUAGAUUCUGUAGGAUUUGCUGCUAAUGCUCUGAUACAGCAGGAAGACCUCACUACACACACAAGCACCUGUGCAGCUGAAAUACCACAGAAUACCUGGGAGAAGACCAUGGUUGUGAUGGACACCGAGCAGCCCCAGUCUGAAGGGUCUUGUGAUACGUGCCAGGGCACAGAGAGGGUGAGAUCUCCAACAGAAAGUUGUAGUGGAGCCACCAUUGACAAAACUUGUGAAAUGCCAGUGGAUUCAGAGCACCAUGACAUAGACAAGGAGCCAAGGUUCAGAAACUAUGGCCAACAGACAGAUAACCUCCAGUGUGCAACCUCAGACAGUAAGAAACGGGCAGGAGGUGGCACUCUCCAAGAGGCCCCAGCUGAGCCCGAGGGUCUGCCCGAAGGGCCCGCUGGUGGUGAAGCCAGCCAUGAUGAAGAAAUAAAGGAUCAGGAUGGUGCUCUGCUUCUGCAGAUCCUGGAGCAAAUUGAAAGCUUUGCUCAGGGGCCAUCAGAAGGUGGUGUGGCUGUCAGUUCGGGGGCCGCUACUCCCACUCAGGAACCAGAGUCAACAAAGCCGCUGCAGGACAUCGUAUCCAUCACUGUGGGCACCGACAAGGUAAACCCUUCACCACCAGAGGCCACUGGUGAAGAACACGAAUCUGUGGAGAUCCAGCAGGCUCCAAAAGUCAUGAAGAACGAGGAGAACACCGGGCCCCUUCCUCACACAGCUCCCCCUGCAAGAGAGGUCGCGCAGGGCAUCACCCCCAGCUUUAACUUCCCUAGGGGGGUCCCCAGGGCCCUCGGCACUGACCUGGAUGGGAUCAUAGCCCAGAUCGAUGCGGUGUUCACAGAGCUGGGGGAGCAGAGGGCCACCAUGCGGGAGAUGGGUGAUAUCACCAAGGCAUGUGGCUACCCACUCUACUGGAAGGCCCCGCUGUUCCACAGCGCUGGCGGAGGAAAGACGGGCUCUGUCUCUGCCGGCUCAUUGAUGGAGACAUGGAGGAAGUUGUCACUGCGAUGUCAUGACGACUCAUCCAAGUUCGUGUACCUUCUGGCUAAACCGGACUACACUUACGUGGAGCAAGAGGAUUUCGUCCUUUUGUUACAGGACAUAGUAAACAGUCAUCCUGGCCUGACGUUUUUGAAGGACGCACCCGAAUUCCACUCCCGCUAUAUAACCACAGUGAUCCAGCGUAUCUUCUACACAGUCAACCGCUCCUGGACAGGGAGGAUCACAGCCCAUGAGUUGAGGAGGAGUAACUUCCUGGAGACCCUGGCUGCACUGGAGGAGGAAUCUGACAUCAAUCAGGUCACCGACUAUUUUUCCUAUGAACAUUUCUAUGUCAUCUACUGCAAGUUCUGGGAGCUGGACACGGACCACAACCUGCUGAUCGACCACAGGGACCUGGCCAAGUAUAACUACCAUGCUUCAUCAGAGAGAAUUGUAGAGCGUCUGUUUUCAGGGGCUGUCAGCAGGGGGAGCUCAGGCCAGAGCAAACACAGGAUGAGCUAUGCAGAGUUCGUGUGGUUCCUCAUCUCUGAGGAGGAUAAGAAGACCCCAACCAGUGUGGAAUACUGGUUCCGCUGCAUGGACCUGGAUGGCGACGGUGUCCUGUCCAUGUACGAGCUGGAGCACUUCUACCAGGAACAGAGCCACCGCCUGGAGGCCAUGGGUGUUGACCCACUGCCCUUCCAUGACCUGAUGUGCCAGGUGCUGGACCUGGUCAGACCCCAGCGGCCGGGUAUGAUCACCCUCCAGGACCUGAAGCGGUGUGGCAUGGCCCAUGUCUUCUACGACACCUUCUUCAGCCUGGAGAAGUACCUGGAGCAUGAGCAGAGGGACCCCUUUGCCAUUCACAAGGAGGUGGAGCGAGCUGGGCGGGAAGUCUCUGACUGGUGCCGCUUUGCGGCGGAAGAGUACGAUAUCCUGGUAGCAGAGGAGUCAGAGAGCGAGCAUCUGGAGGAUGAGUCCUCGGAGGGUGACACAGAGCCUGAGACAGUGGCGGUCUCCUUGGAAACAGCGAGCGACGCUCCCGGGCCAGACGCGUCGGACUAGACACUCCACGUGUCCCAAACGCUCCCCACACGCAAACGCAAAUGUGCAACAUGCAAUCCUGUUUGUAAAGACAAAUUUGGAGCACAAAUACAUUGUGUGACUGAUUAACAGAAAAGGGAAGAAUCCUGUUUUUAAUGUUUUUAACUACCCUGACAGUUUUCUGUACAUUCCCGUUGGUCUGCAGUUGACCUGUGGGCCUAACUGAAGACUUUUUUGUGUUGUGAGUUUUCCUGAUUUAUAUGCAUCACAAACCCACCAUUGUUUCAGAAUAUUUAAACUACUUCAGAACAUUAGGUCAGCGGGAAUGGAUGGAGGCUGGCACCUAGCGGCCAUUUUUGGUACUACACUGUCAAAUUUCGAGCUGAACAGAAGUGGAGGAAAACUUUCACAGUAACGCCAAGAGCAGCAAGAUGCCAUGAACGGGAUUGUUUUCCUUAAUGGGAAUGAUGGUACAAGACGAUCGUGACCCAAUUACAGGGGAACUGGAUGAUUUUUUUUUGGCACUGUGAUAGACAGAGGCGGUGUAAAUAGCAAAAUAUGUUAUGGGUUCUUACAUAAUAUGCUGGCAGGGUUUGUUAACUAGGGUAAUUAGGGUUCAAAGCAAUUUAUAUUGUUGUACCAAUGUGUGUUUGUUUAGUGGACACUGAAAAACUGCAGGUAACUUUAAAGAUGCUGUAGGUGUGUCCUGGGUUAAGGAUCUGUACCUUAAAGGUCAGUCUUCAGGUUGUCUGACCAAUGGAGACAGGAGGACAUCGCUCAUGACUGCCUGUAUGGGUCCUUGAAGGAUGGACUUCUGUUCAUGCAUUAGCGACAAUCAUCUUUGUAUUUAAAAGCAUCUUUAGGGGGAACAGAAACUGGUCAUGGAGCGUGACAGCCCUGAAAGCGACUGUGGUACUGUGAUCGGAGUGGAACGAAACACAACAAAAGCAAAGUAUCUCGCAGGAGGAGGAACAGAACGACAAAAGGAAGCUGUCUGCAGUGUGACUAGCCCUUUAAGAAACCAGCUCAAAGGAUGUCGGCGAUGGAACUGAAAACAGUUUGGCAGAAGUAAAACUGAAAUUCAGCACAAACGCCAGGCAGAGCAGGAGAGUCGACCUUCCAAGCCUCCCUGACGUCACACGGGGUCAAGCAGUGUUUUACCUAAAGAGCAGGGCCGGAUCCAAGCAUAGGUAAAACCGGCGGCUGCCAAAAACCCUGUCGCCAUAGGAGGGGAGGCCUGGGCAAAGUCAUGAAGAUACAGUGAUCCUCCACUAUAUCGCGGUCCAGCUAUUGAUAGCGCCUCCUCCAAAUCGUGGAUUUUUCCCAGACGCA